CCCCCGCCCCGCGCGCCUCGCCCGGGUCCCCGCCCCGUCCGGCGUGCAGGGCUCUGGGUGUGGUCGCCGUCUUGUGUGGCGGAGCCAGCUAGUGGUUCGCGACCCGCAGCCGGGCGCUCAGCAGUAGCGCGGUGGUGGCGGCCUGGCUCCAGCUCUUCACUUGAGACGCCUGAGGGAAACCACCAGGCAGGAUGAGCGAGCUGGAGCAGCUGAGGCAGGAGGCUGAACAGCUUCGGAAUCAGAUCCAGGAUGCUCGGAAGGCCUGCAACGACGCCACGCUGGUUCAGAUCACGUCUAACAUGGACUCUGUGGGCCGAAUACAAAUGCGAACAAGGCGCACGCUGCGCGGCCACCUCGCUAAGAUCUACGCCAUGCACUGGGGAUAUGAUUCCAGGCUACUAGUCAGUGCUUCGCAAGAUGGAAAAUUAAUUAUUUGGGAUAGCUAUACGACAAAUAAGAUGCACGCCAUCCCGCUGAGGUCCUCCUGGGUGAUGACCUGCGCCUACGCCCCAUCUGGGAACUACGUUGCCUGUGGAGGCUUGGACAACAUCUGCUCCAUAUACAACCUGAAGACCCGAGAGGGGAAUGUGCGGGUGAGCCGAGAGCUGCCAGGGCACACAGGCUACCUGUCCUGCUGCCGGUUCUUAGAUGAUGGACAGAUCAUUACCAGUUCAGGAGACACGACGUGUGCUUUGUGGGACAUCGAGACCGGACAGCAGACGACGACCUUCACGGGACACUCGGGUGACGUGAUGAGCCUCUCACUGAGUCCUGACUUGAAGACCUUUGUUUCUGGUGCUUGUGACGCAUCCUCAAAACUGUGGGAUAUCCGAGACGGGAUGUGUAGACAGUCUUUCACAGGACACAUCUCAGACAUCAACGCUGUCAGUUUCUUCCCGAGUGGAUAUGCCUUUGCCACCGGUUCUGAUGAUGCCACCUGCCGACUCUUUGACCUCCGUGCAGACCAGGAGCUCCUGCUGUACUCUCAUGACAAUAUCAUCUGUGGCAUCACUUCUGUGGCCUUCUCAAAGAGCGGGCGCCUCCUGCUAGCCGGCUAUGACGACUUCAACUGCAGUGUGUGGGACGCUCUGAAAGGAGGCCGGGCAGGUGUCCUUGCUGGUCAUGACAACCGUGUUAGCUGCUUAGGUGUGACUGAUGACGGCAUGGCUGUGGCCACUGGCUCCUGGGACAGUUUUCUUAGAAUCUGGAAUUGAGUGCCAUAUUUUCUGUUCUCCAAUGAUAUCUGGAGAAAUCCAUGCUACAGCCUAUAGCUGUGAG